GAGCCGGAGCCGGAGCCGGGGCCGGACGCGCGGCGAGGGCUGGGGGCUGGGAGCGCGGCGUUCCGGGCCUUCGCGGGCAACAUCGCCGCCGCCGCCGGGCCAGGCCUACGCCGCGAUGGCUGAGAUGGGCAGCAAGGGGGUGACGGCGGGGAAGAUCGCCAGCAACGUGCAGAAGAAGCUCACCCGCGCGCAGGAGAAGGUCCUCCAGAAACUGGGGAAGGCAGAUGAGACAAAAGAUGAGCAGUUCGAACAGUGUGUCCAGAAUUUCAACAAGCAGCUGACUGAGGGUACCCGGCUGCAGAAGGACCUCCGGACCUACCUGGCCUCUGUCAAAGCCAUGCACGAGGCCUCCAAGAAGCUGAGCGAGUGUCUGCAGGAAGUGUACGAGCCCGACUGGCCCGGCAGGGAUGAGGCAAACAAGAUCGCAGAGAACAAUGACCUGCUGUGGAUGGAUUACCACCAGAAGCUGGUGGACCAGGCGCUGCUGACUAUGGACACAUACCUGGGCCAGUUUCCUGACAUCAAGUCACGCAUCGCCAAGCGGGGACGGAAGCUGGUGGACUACGACAGUGCCCGGCACCAUUUUGAGUCCCUUCAAACCGCCAAAAAGAAGGAUGAAGCCAAAAUUGCCAAGCCUGUCUCGCUGCUUGAGAAGGCCGCCCCCCAGUGGUGCCAAGGCAAACUGCAGGCUCAUCUCGUAGCUCAAACUAACCUGCUCCGAAAUCAGGCUGAGGAGGAGCUCAUCAAGGCCCAGAAGGUGUUUGAGGAGAUGAACGUGGACCUGCAGGAGGAGCUGCCAUCUCUGUGGAACAGCCGCGUGGGCUUCUACGUCAACACGUUUCAGAGCAUUGCGGGCCUGGAGGAGAACUUCCACAAGGAGAUGAGUAAGCUCAACCAGAACCUCAAUGAUGUGCUGGUCAACCUGGAGAAGCAGCACGGGAGCAACACCUUCACGAUCAAGGCCCAGCCCAGUGACAACGCCCCUGCAAAAGGGAACAAGAGCCCGUCGCCUCCGCCAGAUGGGUCCCCUGCUGCCACCCCCGAGAUCCGAGUGAACCACGAGCCAGAGCCGGCCAGUGGGGCCUCCCCUGGGGCCACCCUCCCCAAGUCCCCAUCUCAGCUCCGGAAAGGCCCGCCAGUCCCUCCGCCUCCCAAACACACCCCGUCCAAGGAAGUGAAGCAGGAGCAGAUCCUCAGCCUGUUCGAUGACACGUUUGUCCCUGAGAUCAGCGUGACCACCCCCUCCCAGUUUGAGGCUCCAGGGCCCUUCUCCGAGCAGGCCAGCCUGCUGGACCUGGACUUUGACCCCCUUCCGCCUGUAGCAAGCCCCGUGAAGGCGCCCACACCUUCUGGUCAGCCAAUUCCAUGGGACCUCUGGGAGCCCACAGAGAGUCCAGCUGGCAGCCUGCCUUCCGGGGAGCCCAGCGCUGCCGAGGGCACCUUUGCUGUGGCCUGGCCCAGCCAGACAGCUGAGCCGGGGCCUGCUCAACCAGCAGAGCCAUUGGAGGUGGCGGGUGGUACUCAACCUGGAGCCCAGGAGCCUGGGGAGACAGCGGCAAGUGAAGCAGCCUCCAGCUCUCUUCCUGCUGUCGUGGUGGAGACCUUCUCAGCAACUGUGAAUGGCACCGUGGAGGGCAGCAGCGGGGCUGGGCGCGUCGACCUGCCCCCAGGGUUCAUGUUCAAGGUACAGGCCCAGCAUGACUACACAGCAACUGACACAGAUGAGCUGCAGCUCAAGGCUGGCGACGUGGUACUCGUGAUCCCCUUCCAGAACCCAGAGGAGCAGGAUGAAGGCUGGCUCAUGGGUGUGAAGGAGAGCGACUGGAACCAGCACAAGGAGCUGGAGAAAUGCCGGGGUGUCUUCCCUGAGAACUUCACCGAGCGGGUUCAGUGAUGGGCCUGGAGUGUGAAGAUGCCUUUUCCCGAAAAAUGUGUGUUUCUUUUUCUUCUACCUUUUUUUUUUUUUUUUAAAGUUUUUGUUUUUGAACUUUUGAAAAGCCAAGGGAAAUCACGAGGAGAGACCUGGGCCAAGGGGUCUCUCCCGGAGAUUGGGUGGUUUUCCGCAGAGCCGGCUGGCAAGUCCGCGGAUUUGCCAGUCUUCCUGAAGCUGCUGUGUCCCUAGUUGAGUCCCGGCGCCCCACCGCGCCCGCAUGUGCGCCCAGCCCAGGAUGGAGUCCCCGCUUGCCUGAGCUUGGCUGAGCCACCCGGGCGGGAGUCUCUUCCUGGCAGCUGCUGUGGGUGGGGUCCAGAUGCCAGCUUGGCUGGCCCUGCCCCGCAGACCGUCUGUGUGCUGUUUGAGAAUAAAUCUUAGUGUUCAAAACAAAGUGAAACAAACAAACAAACAAACAAAAAAACCUGACAAAAACACUCAAGAAAUGUGUGGUUACUUUUUUUUUUUUUUUUUGAAUUUUUUUGUCUUGUUUGCUAGUGUGAAUGGAACUGAGUUAUUUAACUUUUCUAUUCCUGGGUGGGUGCUGUUGGGCCAGCUGCAUGGCUGCACCUCACCUCCUCUAGACUCAGACCACACCCAGGGCUUUGGGUUUUUACUGGUGGCCCCUAGGAACUCAGGUGGUAGACUGGGUGGCAGGGCUUGUCACAAAGCCUGUUAGGUACUAUCCAGAGAGGCCUUAAUAUAGAAGAUGGGGUCAGGAGGGAAUUGAGUCACUUGCCUGUGAGUGUUGGAACUGGGGUGAAUCUGAGCCCUUGGUCCAGAACACAGGGUGCCUGAUUCUGAAGAGGUCUAAAGGGCCUGGAUCUGGGACAGGCUUGGAGUUCUAGCUUCUCUGUUCUCCUGGCCUCCAUGGCACACAGCCCCUGAUUUUCCAGCUCCAUCAGCACAGAUGUAUCAGGUGAUACACUGCAGCAGCUGGGUCUUUUCUAGGAAGUGUGCUCUUGGGUCCUGGAACCACUUGGACUUAGGGUGCAAGCAGUUUCUCUUUACAUAAAUCCAGGCUAAUCCUAAAAUCACGUGGCUCAGGCCAGUGUCAGUCUGAGGAUUAUUUUUGGGCAAGCCCCUGGGCUUUUCUGUAGGCUAUGGGAUUGUCACUGCUGGAAUCUAACCUGGUGUGUGGCCUUGAGCAAGCAAGAGGCCAUGGUGUCAGUACGCAAGUCUGUGGAGAGUGGCCAAUCUGAGCAAAUAUGGUGACCUUUAGUACAAAUGCAGAAACCCUGCUCCAUGAGCUGUCAUUUGCAUGGCAAUGAAAGCAAUAUACAUGUAAAUAUGCUAACUGCUUGAAAUUGCAGAGCAGUAUUGGUCUAAAGAAAGUCACAUGUGCUUAUUCAAAAUUUGCCCAAAAAGAUUAGAAAAAAAAACUUAAAUAAAACUACAUGGUGCCAA